AUGUCCAAGUUCGGUCUUCUAGUCAUGGGUCCCGCUGGGGCGGGCAAGACCACCUUCAGCAAUUCUCUGAUCCAGCAUCUGCAAAAUAACCGCCGCAGCUGCUUCUACGUCAACCUCGAUCCCGCCGCCGAGCAAUUCGCCUAUCAACCUGACCUUGAUAUCCGCGAGUUGAUCACUCUGGAAGAUGUGAUGGAGGAACUUGGCCUCGGUCCGAACGGUGGCUUGAUCUACUGUUUCGAGUUCCUGCUACAGAACCUCGAGUUCCUCUCCGAAGCUCUUGAUCCAUUGAGCGAAGAAUACCUCAUUAUCUUCGACAUGCCUGGCCAGAUCGAGCUCUACACCCACAUCCCGUUGCUCCCUUCCCUAACACAAUACCUUUCGCGCCAAGGUCCCCUGAAUAUCAACUUGUGCGCGGCCUACCUGCUCGAAAGUACCUUCGUUGUCGACAAGGCGAAGUUCUUCGCCGGCACGCUUAGCGCCAUGUCAGCCAUGCUGAUGCUAGAGAUUCCCCAUGUGAACAUCCUCAGCAAGAUGGAUCAGGUGCGCGAUAUGGUUACAAAGCGGGAACUCCGGCGAUUCGCGAAUGUGGACGUUCAGUUGUUGCAAAAUGACGAGGACGAUCCCAAGGCGCGCGCCAAUCCCAUGGCGCCGGAUGCCUUGAUGAGUGGCGGAUCUUUCAAGCAGCUCAACCGGGCCGUGUCACAGCUGAUCGACGAUUUCAGCAUGGUUUCCUUCCUGCAGCUUGAUGUCCAGGACGAGGACAGCGUCUCUGCCAUUCUGAGCCACAUCGACGACGCCAUCCAGUACCACGAAGCCCAAGAACCCCGGGAACCCAAGGAUGAGCAGGAGGUGAAUUAUGAGGAUUGA